GUCAUGGCGGGAAAGGGUUUCACUACCGUUGUCCUCGCCAGCUGAAUCUAUUUCAGCCCCAUCGCGAACCACUGUGCACUGUAAAUCUGCGGAUGAUUGGUAAUGACGGACAGGCGUUACGUGACGACAAAGCGCAUGGAAUGUGCGUUGACGACAUACCAGAUUCACGUUUAGCUUGUUUGAAGGAUAACCGAAUACAUGGUCAUGAUAACCCUACUGAAGACGCGCUUCUAAUUGCUCAACCGAGAUCAGGUGACGCGCUGCGCUUCGUGCCAGUUGAAGGAGUAGAAAGCGGCACUUUCAAUCUUCAAGGUUCGGAGACCUCAGAAUCUUCACUUGGAGCCUCCAUAAUUAUCGAGUUGCUGGAUAACUUGCAUUAUAAAAAACUGAUGACUGGAACGCAGGCAGCAGCUUACAAGAAUCACUAUCUUAAAAUGUGCAAACUACUUCUGGCUUCACGGGACAACGAAUUCAAUUUGUUGCAGCUCGCCAAAACUUCUUCCCUUGAACUGAACAAACUGGAUGAACUUAUCAAGAAAAGGGAUGUCUUCCCUGAGGGUUACAAUACGGAAGCCGAUCUCUUACGGAAAGAAUUGCUACAAGCUGAGAAUGAGAUUCUCUGUAAAGAAGAAAGGUAUGAUGAACUUUCGUAUAUUAUGGAUGGAUUACGUGAGGAGAGAAAGAUACUUCAGCGGGAAUUUAACAGAAUGCCUAAAGAGGGGGAAAUUGACCGACUGAGACAGCAACUAGAACAAGCUAUAGAACACCUCCGUGAAGACAUCAAAAAGCAAUCGAAUGAUGGUAAACAGUUGUUCCAACUUCUCAACGAAGCCCAUCAGACAAUGGCGGAAGAACAGACCAUGGUCUCUGCUACAACAGCUCAGGUGGAUGAAUUAAAGGAAGAAUUGGGAAUUGUCAGUACGCUACCACUGAAAUACACCAAAGAAGCGGAUAGACUAAGAAAGCAGAAAGAGGAAGCGGAGAAAGUUUUACAAGAAUCCGUAGUGGAGUGCAGUCGCAUGAAGGAAGAGCUGGAAGCGUUAACCACAUGUCAUUUGCAACUUGAAACGGAAAGCACAAAGUUGGGAAAGCAAUCAGUGAAGAAAAGCAAGGAGAUUUACGAAAUGCAAUCGCACUUGGAUGCAGUUACGUUGGAGCUGGAUCAGGCGCAAAAAAAGCACGCGGACUGUAUUCUAGCAAAAACCGAGGCGGAACUUCAAACCAAGCAUUUGGCCAGCACCAGAUCCCAACUGUCCGAUCAUUUGUCUCGUCUGACGCGAGACAGAGACGUAGCGAUGCAAAAAGAUAGGAAAAUCCAGCACGCUCUGCAGCCGCUUCGAGACGCGGCGAAAUUUGCUAAACAUUUAUUGGGUGAACGAAAGGCUGCAUGUGUCGCAAUGCGGCAACUAGGACCGGACAAAGAUUUGAUCACACAAAGAAACGACCUCUUGAAAGCGAUUGAACACUUACAAAAACGAGCUGUGGAACAAUAUGGCGUUACAGAGGCAGAGAGGGCGCGGUUGCUGCGUUCGAACCGCAAUUAUCAACAGUUGAACGUGGAGCUAGCCGACCUGCGGAUGGAGGUUUUGGAACUCACUCGACUGGCCACGAUCAAAGCCGAAGAAAGGGAACAGAAAGCUCGGGAACACAGACUGGCAAAAGUACGCUACGCAGAGCUACACGACGCGAUAAAAACAAAGGGGUUGCAAAUUCAGGAGUAUGAAAAGUCUCUAUGCGAGACCCAGAAACAUUUGAAAGACUUCGCUCAGCUGUACGAAGCCAUCAAGGAGGAGAGAAACAACUGCCUCACUCUCAUCAAAGUAGCGCAGCAACGUAUGCAAGAGAUGAACGAGAAGAUGCGUAUUCUCAACAACGAAGUGGACAUCUUGCGCACGGCGUUGGUCAACACCUUAGAACAGAUCACCCGACAACGUGCCAAAUAUAAAUCGGUGCUAGGAGAUCGAGACGCUAUUCGUGGUGCAUUAUCAAAACAAACCCUCUGUGUGGAUGAACAAGAUGCCAAAAGAGGUGAACUACAGCGAUCCAUACAAUGCCAAAGCAUGUUGAUCGAGAACAGCAAGCGCAACCUGGAGCAGUUGAAAAACGGUAUUCGUCACGUGAUCGAAUUGAGAGACAACCGAGUGGUGCAGUUGGUCGAACGGAACGAAGAGCUCUGUGUCAUGCGGGAAAAGAUGGUGUUGCAACAAGACGCACAAAGGAGAGGGGAGCUUCAGCUCAACUCCAUUGAGGAGCAGAUUCGAUGUUUGGAACAGGUGAAAAGAGAAACAGAAGGCACACUCGAAGUUCUUAGACGUGAGGCUGUCAAACACCGUCAACUGGAGGAUGAUUACACAAACCAGCAGAUACAACUUGCGACCCUACAAGAGUGUGUGGCUAAGCUGGAACUCGCAGUCAUUGAUCCCAAUGGGCUAACGAUGGACGCUGAUACGAAGAAGCCGUUGGUGGUUGAUCCGGUCACGCUGGGGAUACCGGCCAGUAAUGCAAAGCUCACUCAGCAGAGAAGACGUGAAGUUCAAAUCAAAGACGUCGAUCCAGCACAGCUAAGACUCAAAUUGGAUUCCGUAGAAGCCCAGUUGCUCAGUCGAGAGAAGAAACUGCUGGAAUAUGAAAUGAUUUGUAAGGCUACGGAGAACAUGAUUGAAAAGAUGCGGAGCCAGACAGAAGUAGACCGUGACACAACACUCCAGCUAGCGUUGAAGAUGAGCGAGAGUCAAACCGGAUUUGAGAAGUUCUCGAAACAACUCAAAGCCAAAGCAGCUGAACUUACUAUGCUCAUGGAAUUGGCGCACAAUCUGGAGCUGGAAGUUCAAGAGAGGCGUGAUGAAGUCGCUUUGGGACAGCGUCGCUUGAAACUUGGUCAACCACCCACUGAUUUGAUUGGAAAAGAAUGGGAAAGAUACUUGAAGCAUAUGAGCCUAAAGUCCGAAGUUUACGAGGACAAAAUCAAUCCAAGGCAUUGUACCAAUGCUGCACCACAGCGCCCCAAUGCAUACAUUCCACAUGUUGAAACGUUCAAUGUCAUAGCCGAACCUGAGUGUCCAGAGGAGGAUUCGGAUUCCGGCGUGACCGGCGGUAGAAUUUCGUACCCGGAACCGAUACCCUAUGGAGCGAAUGCUCCAUUUCACCCUUCCCGUCCGGGUGCGGGAAUUCGACAUUUUCGGAAGCCGAAGCCUAUACCAUUGGAGGAUUGACUUGACGUCCAACGUCAUCGCUUUUGUACGAACAUGUAUGGUUUGAUGUCAAUAAAAUGCGUAUAAUAAACAUUCAUGAUACUUUC